UGUUACAUGGGGAAUAGGAGGCAGUAAAAAUGUUUCUUCAUUUUGGACUAUUACUCUUUUUGCCGCAAGGACUCUAUGGCAAAGUGGACAUUUCGGAAGCUAAAGAUGGAGACAGCCGAAUAAUAGGUGGCAAAGAUGCCACUCCAGGCAUGGCUAAGUACCAAGUAUCUAUACGAACCCAUAAUGGAGAGAAAGAGUGGCACACUUGCGGAGGAUCUAUUAUAAAUCAACAGUACAUCUUAACUGCGGCGCGUUGCAUUGUUGGGAAACGAGCUGACGAGUUGUCUAUAGUUGUUGGCAGUCACCAGAUCAAUACCGGUGGCACCCGGCACAAGAUUAAGAAAUUGGUACCUCAUGAGAAAUUUUCUAAGGCCACAGGGAAGAAUGACAUAGGCGUUGUACAAGUCAAAGGCAAAAUCCAAUACAAUGACAAUGUUCAACCAAUUCAGUUGGUCAAACAACAUAUACGCAUUGGAAGGAAAUGUCUUUUGACCGGUUGGGGAAAAACUGAUCUCAAAAAGAAUAUUUAUCCAAACAAUCUUCAAAUAUUGUACUUCCAAACUGUAAGUAAUUACGGGUGCACAAAAAAAUUGUAUACACGCCCAUCUGUUCGGCCGGGUUUGCCCGUGAAUAAUGGACAACUCUGCGCUAAGCACCCCAAGAACCAAGGCAUGUGCCAUGGUGAUUCCGGUGGGCCCCUCGUUUUUGAAGAGGGUAACAAAUUUCUUCAAUUAGGAGUCGCAUCCUGGGGAAUUUCCUGCGCCAAAGACUUUCCCGAUGUAUUUGCUUCAGUCCCUGGUAACUACGCUUGGAUACAGAGCAAAAUUAAGUUAUCAAAUUCAUAAAUAUUCAACAUUGUAACAUCAGAUCAAAAGA